AUGCCUCCAAGAAGAGAAGAUCCUGAAAUUGCGAGACUUGUGUCCGAGCAAAUUUUGGCAGCCCUCCCUAAUAUAGUUAGCCAAGUAGCAGCAGGCUUGAACGCUAACCAAGCAAAUAACCAAGGUAUAGCAGCAAAUAGAGACUGCACGUACAAAGGCUUUAGGGCUUGCAACCCAAAAGAAUUCCAUGGGACAGAAGGAGCAGUGGGAUUGCUUACUUGGAUUGAAGGAAUGGAGUUUGUCCUUCAUAUCAGUAAAUGUGCUGAAGGGAGCAAAGUGGAGUUUGCAGCCUGUUUACUGCAAGGACGGGCAUUGACGUGGUGGAAUACCCAGAUACAAACCCGAGGUCGGGAAGCAACCAACGGACUUACGUCGGAAGAAUUCAAGAAAUUACUCAAGGAAGAAUACUGUCCGAGGAGCGAGAUCCAGAAGUUGGAAGCAGAACUGUGGAAUCACGGAAUGAAGGGAAGUGAUGUAGACUCAUACACUGUUCGCUUUCAUGAGCUGGCAAAACUAGUGCCACACUUGGUAUCACCCGAAGAGAACCGAAUUGAACGUUAUGUCUGGGGUUUAGCUCCAGAAAUCCGGGGGAAUGUGACUUCGGCCAAUCCAAAAACACUUCAGGACGCUGUGAACCUAGCGACAAAACUCACCAACAAUGCUAUACGGUCAGAAUCAUUUGCAAAUGACAAGGUCAAGGGUAAGAGAAGAAUGGAGGAGCCCAUGAGAAAGAACUACAGCGAGAGGGGCGGCAAGACCCAAAAAGUGAUAAGAAACUUUGGGGCUCAGACACAGACAGAAGAAAAGAACAAGGGAGUUUACCCUAGGUGUGACAAGUGCAAUAAUCACCAUGGCGGGAGAUGCAUCAUCUGUUUCAGAUGCAACAAAGGAGGUCAUUUCGCUAAAGAUUGCAGGAGCGRAAGGAGAGGAACAUGCCAUGAGUGCGGAAGCCCGGAUCACUUCAGGAAUGCAUGCCCAAGACUGAACCGAGGGCCAGUUACUAACCCAGCACAACCAGUCAACCAGGGAAAUCAAGUAGGCAAAGCACGAGGUCGAGCGUUUGAGAUUGGGGUAGAAGAAGCCAGGCAAGACCCGAACGUGGUCACAGGUACAUUCCUCCUGAACGAUCAUUACACAUCUGUAUUAUUUGAUUCUGGAGAAGAUAGGAGCUUCGUGUCACUAGAAUUUAGACCAAAGGUUAGUUUAAAGUCACAAAAGCUGAAAAAAGAUUUCGUUAUCGAGUUUGCUAAUGGACAGGAAGUUAGGGCUAGGGACGUAAUUAAGGAUUGCACUUUAAGCUUAGCCAAAAAGGAUUUUAGUAUAGACCUCAUCCCAACCAAAGUAGGAAGCUUUGACGUAGUUGUAGGUAUGGAUUGGCUAUCUAAAUAUAGAGUUGAGAUAGGUUGUUCAGAAAAAGAUUAUCCGAAUCCCGCAAGAUGGAGUGCAUUAUUUGGGAGAUAA